AUGCCAAUGCAUAACGGAUGCCUCAUCAAGAAAACGGCAUUAAAUCCCGCUUUUACAUUGGUCUUCCUCAUUCUAGCUCGUUACACUAAACGGGGAAAUGAUCUUUCGAUUCUUCAUGAAACGGCCUUUUCUCGAAUUCGAAAACUCUUCUAUUUUGGGGUUGUCAGAUUAGUGUCGAAUUAUUUGGAAAGAGGCGUGCAGAAUAAUUGGGUAGACGAUGUAUAUGAUUGGAAGAAAGAAAUUGUGUUGAUCACCGGUGGUGCGGGAGGGAUCGGUGGUCAAGUAGUAAAGCUUUUAGCAGAGAAGGACAUCACAGUUGUGGUAUUAGAUGUGAUUCCUAUGACUUUCGAGACGACACCAAAUGUGCAUUACUACAAAUGCGACAUCACCUCCCCAUCCACCAUCGCCACAACCGCAUCUCGCAUCCGCUCCGAAGUCGGUAAUCCGACCAUCCUCAUCAACAACGCGGGCGUCGCGCGCGGAAAAAGCAUCCUCGACUCCACCGAGAAAGAUAUCCGAUUUACCUUCGACGUCAACACGCUCUCGCACUAUUUCACCACCAAGGAAUUUCUCCCCUCCAUGAUCGACAAAAACCACGGCAUGGUCGUCACAAUCGCCAGUCUCGCCGCCUAUCUCCCCGUCCCAAACAUGACCGACUAUGCCUCAUCCAAAGCCGCCGCGCUAUCCUUCCACGAAGGACUAACCGCUGAACUCCUCACCAAAUACAACGCGCCGAAAGUAAGAACGAUAGUGAUUAACCAGGGAUAUACGAAAACGGCACUGUUUCAAGGAUAUAAAAAUGAUGCGACGUUUUUGCUUCCGACGCUGGAGGUGGAUACGGUGGCGGAAGAAAUUGUCAAGAAGAUUUUGAAGGGGAAGAGUGGGCAGGGGAUUUAUCCUGGGUUUGGGGUUAGCCUCACGUGGUUGAGAGCGAUGCCGGGGUGGUAUCAGAAUAGAGUGAGGACAAAGGGACAGGAUAUUAUGACGAAUUGGAAUGGGAGACAGGUAGUGGAUGUGGAUGAGUUUUAUGAGGAGAAGGAAAAGGAUGGGAAGGAGAAGGAGAAGGGAAAGCGGUUUGAGGAGGAAAGCGGAUCGACGGUGUUGGUUAACCCUUGA